GAUAAACACAAAGAACGCUUAUUCCCCAUUCAACUUGAAUAUGAUAUCUCUUCAGAUUAUACCUUUUUUACUUUAUUAUGCUGUUGCCACAGUUUAUUCCCUCGAAUGCCGUUAUUGUAACAGUGAAGACUACAAUUCCGACUGUCGUUUCGGAACGGAGGAAAAGACCAGGGUCUGUACGAUCGAGGGGGAGGAUCACUGCUACGAAGAAUAUCUGAUAGGUAACGAAAAAAGAAACGGCGACUAUGUUCCUCUUUACCGUAGAGGAUGUGCACCCUCUGACUGGUGCACCAGGCAGCAGAACCUGCACAGAGGGGCUCUUAAGUUCUGCAAAGUGUGCCAAGGAGAUAAAUGCAACAAUGACAGAUUCGGUGCGGCGAAUUCUUCAUCUUUAGAGUGUCAUGCUUGUUGGUCUGUGAGAGGUGAAGCUGCUUGCAGGUAUGGUUAUAAGUGCGACUUCAGUCUGGUUUGUCCACCUGGUUCCACGAAGUGUUACGAAGAAUAUAUAGUAAAUGGAAAUUUUCCACAAGGGUACAAACCUAGAUGGAAGAGGGGUUGUGCGACUGACGAUUAUUGUUCCAAAGAAAAGGAAAAACAUGGAAGUGCCCUCAUUGAAUGCAGACAAUGUAAAAGAGAUUUGUGCAACACUGGCGAAUUAGAUAAUAACUGGUAAUAUUUUAUUGUUAGAAAGUAUGCAAUCAUAUUGUUAAUACAUAG